UGGUCUUCCAGCUCCAUCUAAGCCCGCUCGCCUGGAACUACAUUUCCCACAAUUGCCUCUACAACGCCCAUUGGUGUGGGGGAAGCCAUGGGAACCUGCCGCCCGGGUGUGAGGCGGGGCGCGCUCAAGGCAGGCCUCAGGGGGCCGAGACCUAGGCCAGUGCGGAAAAGGACUGCUGGCCCCGCCCCUCCGUCCCUAUCCUUAGGAGGCUGGCGUUUCCCGCUCCGAGGGCUCCCGUGCUGCGGUUACGGCCACCACCUGGUUUUUCUUCAGGCUCCAGGCUUCCCUGCCAACCACGAGGAAUCCAAAGAGGAAAAACGGAGCUUAGUGCCAAUAACGCACACCUCCCGCGUCUCUUCCAGCCCAAGAUCGUCCCGGCAGGGAUGGGCGUCAAGAUCUGGCUGCCCUUCCCGGUGCUCCUCCUGGCCAUUCUGUACCCAGUGCUGCUGCCGGUGGUUGCCACCUUCACGCCCUCCUUAGACAGCGACUUCACGUUUACCCUUCCGGCCGGCCAGAAGGAGUGUUUCUACCAGCCCAUGCCCCUGAAGGCCUCGCUGGAGAUUGAGUACCAAGUUUUAGAUGGAGCAGGAUUAGAUAUUGAUUUCCAUCUUGCCUCUCCAGAAGGAAGAACCUUAGUUUUUGAACAAAGAAAAUCAGAUGGCGUUCACACGGUAGAGACUGAAGAUGGUGACUACAUGUUCUGUUUUGAUAAUACAUUCAGCACCAUUUCUGAGAAGGUGAUUUUCUUUGAAUUAAUCCUGGAUAAUAUGGGAGAACAGGUGCAAGAACAAGAAGACUGGAAGAAAUACAUUACUGGCACAGACAUGUUGGAUAUGAAACUGGAAGAUAUCCUGGAAUCCAUCAACAGUAUCAAGGCCAGACUAAGCAAAAGUGGUCAUAUUCAGACUCUGCUUAGAGCAUUUGAAGCUCGUGAUCGAAAUAUCCAAGAAAGCAACUUUGAUAGAGUCAAUUUCUGGUCUGUGGUCAACUUAGUGGUAAUGGUGGUAGUGUCAGCCAUUCAAGUUUAUAUGCUGAAGAGUCUAUUCGAAGAUAAGAGGAAAAGUAGAACUUAAACUUCAGACUACUUAACAUAAAAAAAAAGAUGGAAAUAUGUAAUAUACAUUACAGUUAAAGCCAAGACCAUUAAAUAGUCUUUUCAAAAAA